AUGGACCCCUCCGCCACACGCCCAACCCCCGACGCAGCCUACUACACCACACACCCCUUCGUAAUCUUCAACCCGGACCACAGCCUCACCUGGCUCUCGCGCAUCGGGCCCGAAAACACCUCCUCCCUCCACACCCUCCGCAUCAUGAUCCACGCAGUCUACAACCCCGGUCCCAAUCCCACAUCAACGGGCACGCCUCCCUCAGGCCCCGCAUGGAUCGCGCUCUUCAACUACCUGUCUUACUACGCGACGGGACUGAAGGAGGUGAAGGUCCAUUGGGAUAGUGAUGCGGAGCAUUAUGGUGGUGGUGCGGAUGGGGAGGUGGUUAGGGCUUUGGCGGGAAUUGGGGGACUGGAGCGCUUGGAGUUGGGGGGCUUUUAUUUGGAGACUUGGCCGGGGUAUUUGGAGGAGAAUACGGGGGCGAAGGUUGUGGAGGAGAAGGAGAGGGGGAAGGCGGCUUAUUGGGUGGAGUUGGCGAGGUGGAGGAGGCAUUUUGAGGUGGGUGUUUCUUGA